AUGUCUUUCCUCACCUCGCUCCGAGCUAGCUCCCGCCGCGUGGCGCCCAUGAGCUACACCAUUCCCGGCGUCUCGACUCUGCACACGUCUGCUGCACGAUUCAGCCUCAAGGAAAGCGACAAGACAGACCGGGACGGCCUGGCCAACCAUUACGAGGCCAAGAAGGAGCAGCAAUUGAAGGAUCAGAAAGCAGGCAAGGCGAGCUGGAACUCCGAUGUUGCCAGCAACAGCGAGGAACAGAUCAAGGCAGACCGGGGUGAACUCGAUGCCUCUGAAAAGUCCUUCCAGGAACUACAGCAGAAGACCAAGAACAUUCCUCAGCAGAAAUAA